GUCAGAUUAGCGUAGAGAAUUCCGUGUAAGAGCCGGUCACUUUAGAUUUGGCGCUUUCUACCUUUAUUUUUCCAGCUCCCAAAAACGUCUCUCUCCAUUUUGCUUGAACAACUCGAUUAUCAAAUCCCCUGGGUUUUUUUUUUCUCGUUCAAAUCUUUAUCCCUCACCUCUUCUACUCUGAAGUUUCCUAAAACAACCCAACUGGGUUUCCCUCCUUCUUCGUCCAAAAAAACAUGGUUCAAGGGAGUUCUUACAUAUGCAGCCUGGUUCAAUCCUUACGGUCUGCUUCUUUUCCAUCCAAGCUUGCAAAUUACCGCGGCUACACAUCUCGGGCCGCUUCUAAUUCUCUCCAUCACCCAUCUACUUACAGUGACGAUGAGUACGCGGAUGUGGAUUGGGAUAAACUUGGAUUUGGUUUGACACCUACUGAUUACAUGUACGUUAUGAGAUGUUCCAAAGACGAUAAUUUUAAAGAAGGACGACUUAGUCGCUUCGCCAAUAUCGAAAUAAGCCCUUCCGCAGGAGUCUUAAAUUAUGGCCAGGGCAUAUAUGAAGGAACGAAAGCAAACAGGACAGAAGAUGGACGGAUUCUUCUAUUCCGUCCAGACCAAAAUGCUACUCGAAUGAUGCAUGGGGCUGAAAGAUUGUGCAUGCCUUCACCUUCCAUUCAACAGUUUGUCGAUGCAGUGAAAGAAACUGUGUUUGCUAACAAGCGUUGGAUUCCUCCUCCAGGAAAAGGGUCAUUGUAUGUUAGGCCUCUUCUUGUGGGAACAGGUCCUAUUUUAGGUUUGGCACCUGCCCCCGAGUAUACAUUCCUCGUUUAUGCUUCUCCUGUCCGUAACUAUUUCAAGGACGGUACUGCGCCUCUGAACUUAUAUAUUGAUGAAGAAUUUGUUCGGGCUUCUCCUGGAGGAGCAGGAGGUGUCAAGACAAUCACGAACUAUGCUCCAGUUCUAAAAGCAAUAUCCAGAGCAAAAGACAGAGGAUUUUCCGAUGUCCUAUACCUUGAUGCCGUGAAUAGGAAAUAUCUGGAGGAGGUCUCAUCUUGUAAUAUUUUUAUUGUGAAGGGAAAUCGUAUCUCAACUCCUGCUAUAAGUGGAACUAUCCUUCAAGGGAUAACUCGAAAAAGCAUCCUUGAGAUUGCUAGGGAUCAUGGUUACCAGGUUGAAGAACGGGCAAUUCCAGUGGAUGACCUGGGUGAUGCUGAUGAAGUAUUUUGCACUGGAACUGCUGUUGGAGUUGCUCCUGUAGGUAGCAUUACACAUCGGAACAGAAGAAUUGAAUUCAAAACAGAGGGCAGCUUGAUCUGCAAAGAACUGUACUCAACUCUGGUGGGACUGCAAACUGGUCGCAUUGAGGAUAAGAAAGGAUGGACGGUGGAGAUCCAUUAAGCACUCCAAGGCUUAUAUAACUUCUUGUAUUAUAUAUGAACGGGGUAUAGGAGUUUGGUCUUUUUUUAAACUGGCACUGAGAAAACUGGUUAUUCAAAAUCUGGUUUGGAUUUCAAAUAUGUACUUAGUAAUUUACAUAUGAAUAAAAUGGAAAAUAUAAUAAUAGCAUCUAUUUGAUGGAUUAA